AUGAAUGUUUUGAAAGCCGACCUGAGCGAUACACAGACAAGGCAGAACAUUGUGAAGCCAGACGUUCCGCUCCAGGCAACCCAUAGGGUGAGACCACGGCCACUAGACCCCAAUAGUGGCCGGUCGUUGCAAAGUUUUCUACACUCGACUUAUUAAAAUGCCCUAUAGUUAGUGACUUGAGAGACCCACGCCUACUAAAUUUACCUGAGCAUCAUUCUCUCGGUCUCAAGUCCGACGUUUAAAUUAACCAAGUCAAGGAGUAUAGUCGGCUGUAAGUGCGGUGUUCGUGGUGUCACGUGCUCAACUCUUGUGACAGACGAGGUCGAGUUAAAGACCGACCCCAAAGUGUAUUAGGCAUUUGGUCAGGAAAAGUGUACAUGGACAAGCCUCUUCUUUCCGUUUUUUUACAUGCUUAACCGCACAAUGGCGUUUAUAUUCGUAUUGUGGGCUGCCAUCCUGCUGGUCUAAUUUACCUAUCAGAACACUGUAGCUGCUCUUUAUACGUCCUCAAGCGACUGAAAUUUUGAUUAUACAACUAUUAACAACACCUUAUUUUGAGCAUCACACUUAAAUUUACUAUUCAUCAGGCGAGCUUCUGUCUUUUGGCCACUCCCGGUUUUACUGUAUGUACACAUAUAUGUAUGUGUGUCGUGUUUAUCAUCCCCCGAAGAAGACGAAGAAGAGAAAGCGAUUUCAUGGACCAGAUUGUAUUCAAACUGACGUUUCGGAAACACUCGUUUCCAUCAUCAGAGUCGGUCGCUGGCGUUCCCUGCUGGCCUUGAUUUGUUCAGCCUUGCCGCUUGCCUCGUAUUAUAACCGUGCCCAGCGCACGCACAUUGAUUAGCCUGUUUUCUGUGGGCUGAUUGUGGCCUCUCUGAUCCCAGCCAUUGACGGACUGGCGUGCUUUGUGUCCCCCUCACGCCUGACGUGGUUGCCGCCGCGUCGGCGUGCUCGUUGGCCACCCCCUCGUCAGACGGCGGGCUGAUCGAUCAUCGCACUUCAGGCGUGGUCUUUCCGGCCUCACGAGUACGUCCGUGAGAUAGCGUGCCACACCGGUCACGUAACUUUCGGCCAGCGCUUUCCCUCGCCGCCAGCGUCGGCAGUCGACCCCGUGUGAUUCCUUUCAUCCGUGCCAUUGGCCUUGCCUGGACUGACUCGAGCCUCGCGCGAAGCGCCUGGUAGGAGGGAUGUUGAUCUAUGGCCCGGUUGAGGGUGCCAGUCGAGGACCAACUUUCCAGCAUCAGUCAGGCCAUUUUGUCAUUGGCUCGACCAACCACCCUCGCUUUCUCGAAGGCGCAACUGUGGUUCCGUUCUAGUGUUUGGCCAUACACCAACGACAGCUUAUCCUUGCGGUUAAUUGCAAGCUAAUGCUCAUGUAAUCUUGUGCCGAGGCGUUUCCCUGUUUCACCAACAUACCUUGCAGCACAAUCUUGACAUGGUAUGCUGUAAACCACCGCUGAUUGUUCUGUCACCGGUAGCGUGUCUUUGGACCUCAUUAUCUGCUGUCUGAUUGUUGAUGCUGGUUUAUGGGCCGCACCGAUUCCAAAGGGUUUCAGAAUUCUUGAAGUCGCCUCUUAAACAUUCUUCACAUAGGGGAUCGAGAGUCAGGACUUUGGUUUGUUCUCGUUCGACCGCCCAGAGUGGGACUUCCUGAGACACUUGCGUAUGAACGACUUCGGGUAACCGUUGGCUUCAAAUAGAGCACGCAAGUACUUCACCUCCUUCCUCCUGUCAUCGUCGCCGCUGCAGUGUGUUUGGGCGCGUUCGAAAAGGGUCCUGACACGACUGCGUUUGUGACCGACGGGGUGGUUGCUUCUGAAGUGGAGGAUGCGCCUAGUGUUAGUACCCUUACGGUAGACCGUUGCCUUUAUAUUCCCGUCUGACAGUUUUGUGACGUGUACGUCUAGGAAGGGCAAUCAAUUUUCGACCUCUUCUUCCAUAGUGAACUGUAUGUCGAGGAAUAUCGAAUUCAAAAGUGCCUUGAAAUCUUGCACGUCGCCCUUUUUAUUAUGACGAAUGCGUCGUCGACAUAUCUGGCCCAGAACUUCGGAGGAUACGAGCUGAAUACCAGUCGCUCCAGCCUCUGCAAAACCGUUUCGGCAAUUAGUCCAGACGGAGGUGAACCCAUUGGUGUUCCCUUUUUUGCUCGUACACUUGGCCGUUAAAUUUGAAGAAAGUCUUGAGACAGUUCUAGGAGCUCGAUGAUGUGCACUCGUUUAAGCUGCUGGUCGGUCUCGUCAUAUUUUUCUCGGAGAAGUCCGUUGAGAGUGUCGAUGGCCAGGUCAGGUGGGAUAGAAGUGAACAGUGAGACCACGUCAAAGGACACCAUCACCUCGUCUGCCUCCACUCUACGAUGUCGGAUGCGAGUCAAAAACUCUUCAGCUGCUCUUCAUAUGCUGCUCUAGCUCUCACUCAUUUACAAAUUACGACAGGCAUAUUCUGAGGAAACUGCAGCAUAUCAGGGGAUCGAAAAUGACCAUCUGAGGUAUUAAACGCGUUAACGACGAAUAAACGUACACGGAUCGCGCUCCUCUCGUUGAGAUGUUCAGAUACGCCAUCAACGAUUACUUUUUUGGUGGAAACCCGUCAAAGUAAAAGAAUUCCCCUCUCCCUAGUAAUAGAAACCAAAACAUGUAACGUUGGUAACCUCUUUUUGAGAUGUUUUUUUUCCCAGAAUUAUCCUUUAUGACAAAGGCGCAAUUCUACUUUUCAGGUGUCAUGCUAAUGUGGUCGAUGUCUCUCCGAGUUGCCCGACGUGCUUUCGUCGUUGUAAGAGCAAAGACGACCCUUUCCGGUGACGAAACCUAUUGCAUGGAACUGACAAAGUAAGCCUUCUCGAGCCAAAACACCUAGUUAUAUGUAGGAAAGCUGAUUAUUACAACUACCUCUGCGCGAUUCACCUGCCACCCGACCAGAGACGUUUCGCUUGUUUCCUCAGGGCAUUUAACGCCGAAAUAUCUCAGGUAAACUUCUUCCGUUGGCCUUUUCUAUAAUUUGUCACCUUAUUGUUCAGUAGUUUUUUCUGGUUUUUAUUCGAAAAAUGUAUCAGCCUGAUUCUAACCGGGUGCAGUUGACCCGCUUUUACCUGCAAGUGCAAUUCUUGGACCUGACAGUCGGUUCAGCGUAGUUUUUGCACACGUCAAUUAGUAGAUGGUGUCGCGUCUGAUAUGACCUCAACGGCUUGAUAUUUCACCUUAAUUUUCCAACAGUUGUCCGCAAAAAGCCUGUUUUGAUUGUGACAUAUAGGUGCCUGAUAGAGCUCCUACCCGUGAGACUGCCAGAAUUCGUUUCCGUUAUUGGUUGGAUGCAAUCGACGCGGCCUCUAAGGACCCCUCCUCGACAGACGUUCGUCGAUCGCCCGUGGUGCGUGAACUAUGCUGGGUCAGUAAACUUUCGGCACAUCGCCUCAUGACCACCGUCUCCUAGCAGGCCAGGCAACGGUUCAGAUUCUCCCAGCGAUGGCUUUCAAUGCUCGUGGAGGCCAGAGUAAGACCCUCCUUCGUCAUGCAACCCCGCCCUUUAUCCUUCCUUUUCAGGCAAAUCGUGUCGAUGGAGUUCCCUUUGCUACCUGUCUUGAACUGGAGCGUUAUGCGGAGAUGACGAAUGCUCCGAUCCACUACAUGUUGGCAGAAUCUUUCGGUGUGUCUGUUCUUUCCUUAAUUGCCGAAGAUUACGCCCUUUUGCUUGUUGUCCUGACUUUUGGGUGUCUUCGUAGUUUUUUCCUAGUGCAUCCAUACGUGUGUGAGACGGUUGAAUUGUAAUAUUUAGUUAACAAGAAACAUACUUUCAAGUCCAGCUGGUUGACUUGUAAUUCUCGCAGAUUUUGUUUCUUAUCCCACUAAAUGGCGAUUUUCUGUAAAUCGCCGUCCACUUCCCGAAUAUUCGCCUCUAUGCCUCAGCAUCUAAACAGUGCUGACAUCACUUCGUAUGCCCGCUUACUGACGCUAGAAAUCUUGAACAAGAUUCAUUUACAAUAUCUUAUAGUUCAUCAUGUCUGAUUCUCAUGACGAUACGUGGCCCUAAAUAUUUGUUUAAUUUUCAAUGUUGGCUAUGGUUAUGCCAACUAUCCUUGAACACGUUGACGGAGCUUGGAGAAUGGGCAUGUUUCUAACCUCAUUACGGGCCAAACCGAUGCAGAGUUUAUAUGCAGUCUAGUUGUCUUUAUACGAACCGGAGCUAAACAUCAAAUCAAUCUCUUAAGCCUGCGUCGAUAUCGGCAUCGAAUAUGCUCACGUACGCGUGAGGGGUCACUAGUGCCCAAGCCGGGUUUAUCCAACUCCAGAGCGAUCAUACGCAACCGUGUUUUGGAAUCUGGAAUAUUCAGACAUAAUUUAUUGCAAUUAUGUUCUUUUAAGGUAUUAAGUCGGUUGAACUGGAUCACGCUCUCUCGCACCUGGGCAAGGCGCAGGGUAUUUUGACGCACAUCCGCAGCGUGGUCCCUCUAGCCCAAAAACACUCAGCCAUGAGUAUACCGACGGAACUGCUUGUCAAGGUAGUAUUUUCCCGCCUUAUCUGUCCCCGCUUGAGACUGAUUUCCUUCACAUGUAUCGUUUCUACUCCGAACCUUUGUCUUGCCUUCUUUGAACUCGAUAACAAGCCUGACUUAAAACCAGUCCAGUCCAAGGUCCGACCCAAUCAAUGAGUAAUUACUCAUCGUGCUUUGUGGAUUUUCGUUAAUUCAUGAUGUCUGAAGGGGAGGUGGUGGUUUAACCGGCUGGGAUGCCGCUUCAAUCUCUUAUACCGCAGUGACUACUGAAUUACCUCAUUCUUUUCUUGGCGCCAUUAGUAGUAUAACUAGCAGUUACUACCGUAGCUGCCAAUACCCACACCUUCCAAAUUUUAGCCAUCCUUACUGAGCUAUGUGCUGUAUUUGCGGCUACAACCGCCACCGUCCCGACCGUUGUUCUCGAAUUCGCGAUUAGACAAACAUCCACAGUUAUGUUAUCGGCUACCGAAUACAUGCAAUGUAGCUCAGGGUAAUCAAAUGUCGCGCCUUUACGCCGAGCAGUCGGAGGCGUGUCCCGUCACGUUGGGCCUUUCUCCGGACGCUCAGCGAGGACAACUAAACACGGCCGCAACUUUGCUCGCUGUCAGCAAAUGCAGUCGACUUGUUAGCGGAGGAAUCUUUUCGCGCGUUCGCAAUUUUUCAAACGCAUCCUGCAUUUUUACACUUAAAUGUUUAAGAAAAUAGAUGCGCAUACAUCUCCGGAUGGAUUCUGCCAGCUGAAAUGACCUGUGAGAGAUCUGCACUUGUGUGGGGCAUCGUCAAGACAGGCUUAUCGCUUUCUGGUGUCUACGGCGACAUGACCCAGUAAGAGCCACGCUCCUCGACUCUGUAGCUCAGGCUCUGGACCUUUUGCUGCAGAUAUUCAUCGUAGAGCAUCCAUGACACUGGAAAGGCCUCCAGCCAUACCCACUCGUAAGGCUGACGAUUACCAACACACCAUAGGGCAACUUGUCUGCGAUCAUUCUUAAAGACCAGCGAGCCCUGAUAACGGUUAACCACCACUUCUGGCAUAAUGACUCGCAGCCAUCUAGACCGCAAAAGUUGCAGGUAUGUCAAGAACUCCCUUAUCCGUCGUCGGUAGACACGAUAGUUAGCUUGCAGCGACAACUAAUAGGCAGGGUUGACGCGUCUUCAGUCCGCAGUCACUAGUCCUGUCUUACCGGGCCUUUGCUUUUUAUGUUCUUUUGCUAUCACAGUUUACGAGUUGUUAUCUCAUGCCCUGCCAAUACCCCCCUCCCCCUAAUUUGCGUGCGCCUAGCAUAACGUUGCGACCGAGACGUUGCUGCGCUUGUGUUCCGGUCGAGGCGAGAUGAUUCCAGAAGCGACCCGGCCAGAGCAGACCCUACGUGACGUAUGCUACGAGCUAGCCUCUCUAGCACACGUGCAUGCAACAAAGGCCUCCAGGUGUGCCAACGGGCUUCUCAGCAAAGAACACAAGGUGGGGCACUCCGCCAUCCCUGCCAAUGUAGUCUCGCUGUUGUUUCUCCCUCUUGUUCCUGUGGACCGUCUCCUCCACGCACUCUCGCAUCAGGCCAAAUUCGACCCCCGGCAUGCCUCCCUUUUCCUUUCUGACGGCCUCAUGCCUCUACGCAUUACCUGGCGCCAUCGGCGUGGAGGAGUCACCGCAGUGCAACCCUGA